CGGUGUUAACAGUUUCGGCCCACCGUCACGGGCAGCUGGCCAUGCGCGCAGGCGCAACCAAAGCAAGCAUCGAAUGACGCUGGGGGAUACGGAGCAGGAGUACGAAAUACAGUCGGUGGUUCCCGGUUUCGAGCAGUUUGGGUGCACGAGUGAGCCGAGCAUGCGUCGAUUGAAUCGGAGCGUCUUCAAACUCUGUAACUGUUUCCCUCCCCGAGUUCCAAGGGCCCGAUGUCGCUUCCUCGUCAAGUUUCAGCAACAAAAAAAGUUGUGAAGAGGUCCCCACCCCAAUCCCAACGGACCCGACUUCGCAGGGGUUCAAUCAUUCCAAAUGUCCCAAAUGCUCAAAUGUCGACGGGCUGGCUCGAACGCGACAGCGGCACAGCCAUCCAAUCCACCUUUUGUUGAGGGAGCUUGGGCUGCCCAGAGAUCUCUGCUGUUUGUCAACAAAAAUAAAAAUGUCGGGGCUGCAUUGCCCGAUUCCGUUCCUGGUCCAUCGCUCCACGGCGUUAAGCUGGAUUGUAUCCUUCAUUCACCUGAGCUCCGUUCGGGGUUUGUGUGGGAUUGCGAUCUCGUCCCCAUUUUUUUUGUCCUUCUUUGA